AUGUCCAAGAGCGCGUCACAGAGCGUCGACGUUUCGCCGCUUGCGUACCGCAAGAUCGUGUACCAUUCGGCAAAGUACUUGUCAUCGACUGUGGUUGGUGUGCUUGUGGGCACCAAAAGCCAGUCGAACAAGCCCAACACAACAGUCACCGACAUAAUUCCCCUAGUUCAUCAUUGGCACACACUCAGUCCCAUGACUGAGGCAGGCAUGGCACUGGUCGAGGCACACCUUGGCAAGACUGGCGGGACGCUCUUGGGUCUGUAUGAAGUUCCCGAGCGUCUUGAUCAAAAAAUCCCCUCUCCCACAACGACAGCCCUAGCAGAAACUUUGGAAAAGAAAACAGGCACUGCGCCACUCGUACUCCAUAUGAACGGCGCAAAACUCUUGGAAGUUGACGGAGCCAUUCAUGCCACAGUAAGUGGCCAGUCUGUUCAGGCACAGGUCGCCCGGCCAGAAGCGCUUUCCCUCGCCUUGUCACAGGAACUCGACCAGGGCGCAUGGAAAUUCUUGUACGACUGGGACGACCACUUGGAAAACACGCAACUCGAUUGGCUCACAAAUCCUGACUUUGCAUAG